AUGAAGCGAGGAACCAGGGCGCCUGCUCACAUGCCAACAGCAGAGUCCGUUCGAAGCCACACAGAAAUGAUUCGGCUUGGUCUGUGCUGCACUUUCAAAGAAGUUCCAAUCAAAUUUCGUCAGACGACUGUCAAGAAUGUCAGGAGAUUGGAGGAGCCUUUAUCUUUCAUUUCGAAGUUGAUUCUGGCCAACUCGGAGUCAUUGAUACAGAGCAUCCAAUACUGCAGAUGCAACAAUGUGGGCAGUUUCCGUGUCAACAGCCAGUUUUGUCCGUUGUUUACACAUCCAGAAUUCGGAUACUCUCUGACAGAUCUACCGGAACACGAAGCCAUACUUGCGAACCUUCAAGAGUCCCGACGCUUGAGUCAGAAGCAUGACAUCCGUCUAGUCAUGCAUCCAGACCAAUUUGUGGUGUUGAACUCUCUGGACGGUGAAAUCGUCGAGAGAUCUAUACUAGAGCUGGAAUACCACCAGAUGCUUGCCAAGAUUAUAGGGGUUGAUGUCAUCAACAUUCACUGCGGUGGCGUGUAUGGAAACAAAAAAGCUGCACUGGAGCGCUUUGCCACAGCAUUUCAGCGCCUAUCUCCAGAACUGAAGGCCAACCUCACGCUUGAGAAUGAUGACAAGAGCUACACACCGUCAGACCUCCUCCCACUUUGCCGGGAGCUGGGGAUUCCGUUGGUCUAUGACGUGCAUCACCACAGGUGCAACCCUGACAGCAUGUCUAUCAAAGAAGCCACUGAUGAGGCAAUGAAGACAUGGCAACGUGAGCCGUUGUUCCAUAUCUCAAGUCCCAAGGACGGAUGGAACGGGCCAAAACCGCUUCGCCAUCACGACUACAUCUGUGAAAGCGACUUCCCAGAAUACUGGCAGGAAAUGGAGGGCGGUAGGUUCACUGUCGAGGUGGAGGCCAAGGCAAAGGAGCUGGCCGUUCAGCGGCUCAUGGCUUGGCUGAAAGACCAAGGUGUCCAGCUCUGGAAGCAGCCACCAGGGAUUUGUGAAGAGAAUGGAUCAUUGCCACAGCACGCUCUCAAACUGUUCUCUGACGAGUUUGCUGAUGAUGCUGAGACUGCAGCAUGA